GUGUGACUGAAUCCCUUUUUGUGUUCUAAAAUCUCAUCAGAAACGUACAACUAUCAAUUAAACAGGUUGGAAAAAGAAUUAAUUAAUGGCUUUGACAGCUGCAAGAGCAUUUAUCUUCCUGGUGCUGCUGGCGAUACGGGCUUGCCAAGCCACCAGCCGAACGUUGCAUGAAGCCUCCAUGUCAGAGAGACAUGAAAAAUGGAUGGCUUAUUAUGGCCGAGCUUACAAGAACAAUGCAGAGAAGGAAAUGCGUUUGAAGCUUUUCAAGCAAAAUGUGGACUUCAUUGAGUCUUUCAACAGUGCUGGGAAUCGGCCGUAUAAGCUGCGCAUCAAUGAGUUUGCAGAUCAAACUAAUGAAGAAUUCCGGGCCUCUCGCAAUGGAUAUAAGAGGUCCUCCUAUUCUAGGCCAUCUGCAAUGACACCAUUCAGGUAUGAGAACAUGACUGGAGUGCCAGCUAGAGUUGAUUGGAGACAGUAUGGAGCUGUUACUCCUGUUAAGGACCAGGGCGAAUGUGGAUGCUGUUGGGCAUUUUCAGCGGUUGCAGCCAUCGAAGGAAUCACCCAAAUCCAAAAGAAAAAGUUGGUAUCUCUUUCCGAGCAAGAAUUAGUUGAUUGUGACACCAGCGGGGAAGACCUAGGCUGUGAAGGUGGUCUAAUGGACAAUGCCUUCAAAUUUAUCAUCCACAACAAAGGCCUUACAACUGAAGACAAGUAUCCCUACAAGGGAUCAGACGGAAAUUGCAGCAAGAGCGAGACAGCAUCCUCUGCGGCCAAGAUCACAGGAUAUGAAGAUGUGACUGCCAAUAGCGAGAAGGCACUGAAAAUGGCGGUCGCCAACCAGCCGGUUUCUGUUGCCAUUGAUGCCGGCGGCUACCCCUUCCAGUUUUACUCCAAGGGGGUCUUCACAGGAGAUUGUGGAAAAGAUUUGGACCACGGCGUCACUGCAGUUGGUUAUGGGAAAUCAGAUGGGAAGAAGUAUUGGUUGGUGAAGAAUUCAUGGGGAACCAGUUGGGGCGAAGAUGGAUACAUAAGAAUGGAAAGAGAUGUUGAUGCUAAGGAAGGUCUAUGUGGCAUCGCCAUGGAAUCUUCCUUUCCCACUGCUUGAGUUGUAGAGUCGAAGGGUGAAUAAACCAUUUAUCUUUCAUUUAAUUUCGCUGCAUGAGCAUGUUUUGCUAUUUCUCCAUGUUUAUGUAAGUGGGAUGUCAUGUAAAUGCUUGCACAUCGGUUAGUACUUGUGCAACGCUUUCUUUUCCUUUCGUUGGUCGGGAGUAGGGUUGUAAUCGAGCCGAUUAUUAAAUGUUCAAGUUUUGUUCGUUAGGUUUUAUUUCGAACACAUGCAAGCCGAAUUGGAUAAUU